AUGUAAGUAUAUGAAUUUUCUAAAAUCACUUCGAAUUCAAUUGGAAUGAACAUCACUCUAGGAGAUUUAUUGGAUUAGCCAAUCCAAACCAAAACAGCCAAAGUAAUGGAAGUGUUCAUUAGUAAUACUUGUGCACAUCAUUAUAAGAUGAAGGUGAUUACGUGUAUAAUUGUUAUAUUGCUCUCAAAAUUUCAAAUCAGGGAGAAUUGAUGGAACUUUAUAAUAGAUGGCCUGGACAAAUAGAUGAAGUUUUCAUAAAGGAAAACGACUUGAUUGGGCUUGAUAGUAUACUCUAUAAUAUAAAGAGUGAAUUUAGGUAGGAUCAAUAAGUCGAGUUCAUUUAGUAUGGUUUUACUCACAAACGCAAUUAGAAUAUUAGGAUAAACAUUAUUAAAAGUAAAGAAGAUUUUGUGUCUAAACAAGGUGACACAAUCCCUUUGGAUCCAAAAAUUAUACUUGGACACAAAGAAAAUGUUUUUAUAGUUGAGAUGAAUGAUGGAAAAACAGAUGAUAUAAAUAUUUUGGUUAUGAAAACGAAAUAUCCUCAACUAGUAGUCUAAUAUUUAGAAAAAUUGUGA